GACAAAGUAAGGUUAUGGUUUCUAUUUAGUAAGGUUAUAUAUAUAAAAAAUGCUCUCCUACAGCAUUUUUAAACAUUUUAGCAAACAAAGUAAGCAAAUUAUAAGAUGCAAACAUGCACCGGACCACUGGUCUGUUGUACGAAAAAAAAUUCACCCUGUGGAUAAAGCAAUGGAACAUUUUGAUGAUUUUUACAGGCAAGUGUUCGGUAAAAAAAAGUGGUCUGAUAUACGUGAAGGUUUAUUAGGCAAACAAAAAUAUGUGGCUGUCGUAAACAAUCUUUCAGACUCUGAUGAAACAAUGAAAAAAUUUGAAUUAGAAGGUGCAAUAAAUGUUCGAAAGGUAUUCCAAAUUGAGAAGGAGCGUUUACAAGAAGAAUUGGCAGUUAGUAAAAGAAACAGUGUGUUGAAUAAGAUAUUUAGGCUUGAUAAAGAAAUGGAUAAACAGUUGGAAACUAAAGAGGAGAUUAAAAAUGUAGAACUAUUUUCUGCUAAGAACUUUUCACUUAAAACUAGCUUAGAGACUGCAGACUAUGAUAAAAGACGUUUAGUAGACUCUAAAAAUGCUCUAUCAGCUGAAAUUUUGCAUGAGUAUGUUCCAACAUCAAAAAUAAAGGGAAAAGACGAUUUCAUACCAGAAUCAGCACAUUAUAAACUCUAUGAUACCUCGUCUGAAUUCUCUGUUACUGUUGAAAAAGAAUUUGACAUACAUUUCCCAGAAAAUCUUAAUGUUUAUUGUUACAUGACUGAAGACACAAAUUUUGCUCCUGCUUUAAAUGGGGAGACAGGGGUUUUAAACUAUUAUUUAAUGGAUGGAGGGUCAAUUUUGCCCGUUUUAGCUUUGGAUAUUAAACCAGGGAAUAGGGUAUUGGAUAUGUGUGCUUCCCCAGGUGGUAAAAGUCUUUUAGCCUUACAAACUUUGUAUACAGAUUUAGUUGUUUCAAAUGAUGUUUCUAUGUCUAGAGUAAAUAGGAUACAGGGUGUUUACAAGCAGUUUUUGUAUGAUUUUAAAGAGAAAUGGAAUAAUACUAGGGUUAAACUUACAAAUAUGGAUGGCAGAUAUAUAACUGAUGAUACCUUUGAUAGGAUAUUAGUUGAUGUUCCUUGCACCACAGAUAGGCAUUCUCUUCGCGAAAACGAAAAUAACAUAUUUAAACCACAAAGAAUAAAAGAAAGAUUAAAAUUGCCUGAAUUACAAUGUGAAUUACUAGUGAAUGCUUUAAAAUUAAUUAAAAAAGGAGGGGUUGUUGUAUAUUCUACAUGUUCUUUAAGCCCCAUUCAGAAUGAUGGGGUGGUACACAUGGCUUUGAAACAAAUAUGGGAGGAAACAAAAAUAAAAAUAGUUAUUAAGGACUUAUCACCUGCUUUAAUGCAGGGAAGGCAUAUCUACAAAUUUGCAGACAAACAGUUAUUAAAAUAUGGUAGUUUGGUUUUGCCAAAUUUAGCAAAUAAUUUUGGACCCACAUAUUUUUGUAAAUUUAAAAGAAUAAAGUAGAUUGUAC